UGGAUAAUCUUACCUCAGUCCUUGCCUUUUUUAAGAGUCCUAGCCAUAACAAAUUAAUGGCCAUUGACUAUGUAUUGUUUAUUCAGUAAACAAGUAUUUACAUGUGCAUAUGUACUGAUGGUUGUACUUGUACCACUUAACCCACACAGAUAAACCAGUGGGUCUAUCAUGAUAUCAAAUUAAAUCAGAAACCUCUGGAGGAGGUAGUAAUCAUAGAAGAACAUCUGCCCUAAUUGCUCUAUGGCACAGUUGUUCUGUGUUGCCCCUUUGCCAGGUGUUACCUAGCCUGGAGGGAGAGGGAAGGGGGUAGGCUUCAUGUAAAAUCAUAAUACUGAGACAUAGUGACAUGUAUGGAUGUGCUUGGUAUGUACCUGCAGACAGUGAGCAGAAAGCAUAUUUACAUUACAUGCAGUUAACUGAAGAGACUUUGACUAUGACAUUAGCAUUUAAAAACUUUGUCAAUAUAUCUCGGACCGUAUGACUCAGACUUAUACAAGCACACUUCUUCCUGGGUGUGUCUGUUUGUAACCGUGACAAAGAGUGAAUGGAUUGUUGUGUGUAUUGAUCAGUGACAUCUGUAACAGGUAUAAAGUCUAUCUACCUACUCCCUCUCCACAAUGGACCACAUGUUUGACAGACUACAGAGACGCGCUAGCUCUCUCCAGUCCAGCCUGGACAAGUUUCUGCCCAUGUCACUGAGAACCAGGGUGCAGUUGAGGAACCAUCACCUGGCUAAAUCAUCCUCUCUUCCCACUGUGACCGACGGUCAACCCCGUCAGGAAUCCCCGCUCCCGCGCUCUGAAUCCGCCAGUCUCAGUGAACGCUUUAGACCCAAACUUUUAAGGAGCGAUGCGUCUACGAUACGCCCUGGUGCACCAUGUGAUCCAAAUGAAUAUAACUUUAACUACAAGAGGAGAGGUGUGUUUCUUGUGAUAAACAACAAAGUAUUUGAUGCCUCGACAGGCCAGAGUUUCCGAGAGGGCUCUGAUCUUGACGCAGAAAGGCUUGAGGAAAGAUUUCAGGCAUUAGGAUUUGAGGUCAGACGCUAUGAUGAUCUCACAGCCAAUCAAAUGUCUACACUUUUUUUUCAAGUUGCGGCAGAAGACCACUCUGACGCCGACUGUUUUGGGUGUGCCAUUCUCACCCAUGGUAAGGAGGGACGGGUUUACGGCAAGGACGGAAUGGUAGGAAUGGACUACCUUGUCAUGCCCUUCAAAGGAGACAGGUGUACAACGCUUGUAGGCAAGCCAAAAUUAUUCUUUGUACAGGCCUGCCGUGGGUUUAAGCUGGACCGAGGGGCAGACGUCCCUGACAAAGGAGAGGAUGAUACCGACAGUGCCACAAAUGUCACCAUGAGGAAGAUUCCAGUGGAGGCAGACUUUUUUAUGGCCUACUCCACAGUCCCAGGUCACUACUCAUGGAGGAACAACCAGGACGGCUCCUGGUUCAUCCAGGCUCUCUGCCUGGUGCUGGAGAACCAGGGAGCCAAGCUGGAGCUGCAGCAUAUGAUGACACAGGUGAACAGAAUGGUGGCUUACGACUUUGAGUCCUGCACCGACGAGGAGUGGUCGAGUCGCUGCAAACAGAUGCCAUCUAUGGUCUCCAUGCUCACUCGAUACGUCUACUUCAAACCCAAGAAAAAUGUCAUCAGCAGUUAAUGUUAACUCAUGGUACAAGUUUAAUGACGACUUGAGUUGGUGAUUUGUGCCAUGGACUCCUUUAUAAUGCUUGAUCCACAUCUGUUUAUAUACAUAUGAGCUAGCCUUUUUUAAUACCAGUGAUUCAUAUGUAUGUCGUAUACUGUGAAAACGAUGGGACCACUUUUGUGUGCUUGAAAAAGUUAGGAACUGUGAUCUCAUAAAGCAAAAGAACAUUAACCUUAUAUUCUUAAUUUAUUGAUCUCUUUGUAUAUGUCAUAAUUCAUUUUUUCUCUCAUUGGGGAAUGUUUUUAUUCAAUGAAAUACGUUUUCAUAUCAGAUCUGUUCAAUGCAUGUUACAUGGUUAGCUGGACUGACCUCCCCCCCCC